CAAAACACACAAACAAAACCAAAACCAUUGUCUUCAUCGUCACAUCCUCUAUUGAUCACAAAAUGUCGUCACUUUCUCUUCAAUUUACCCCUUUGUUUUCCCCUUCUCUGCACCAGCGCCAUUUCUACAAGCCCCUCCGGCUCAACCCUCUUCGUCUCCCACCACCGAAACCACCCGGAUACCUCGCUAUCGUCCGAUCACUGCAACGUGAUACUGAGCUUCUGCCACUGCCACCACCGCCCCAAAAACAAACUGGCCGUUUGGAGAAAUUUGUCUCGACUGCGGCGGGGCUGUUCCCUCUUUAUAUAACAAGUGGCGGCAUUAUCGCUUGCAUGAAACCAUCGACGUUCUCGUGGUUUGUGCAGAGAGGGCCGGGUUCGUAUAGCUUGGCUCUCAGUUUGGUUAUGUUGGCCAUGGGACUCACUCUUGAGCUUAAGGAUUUGUUCAAUCUCUUCAUGCAGAGGCCACUUGCUAUAUUAUAUGUAUGUGUAGCUCAGUACACAAUUAUGCCGGUGGUGGGAGCUGUGAUCGGAAAGUUUCUUGGGUUACCGCCAGGGCUUUCCGUGGGAUUGAUCUUGCUUGGAUGUUGUCCGGGGGGGAUCGCUUCGAGUGUGGUAACAUUAAUUGCGAAAGGCGAUGUUCCUUUGUCUAUUAUCAUGACAGUAUGCACCACUCUCCAAGCUGUAGUCCUCGCUCCCUUUCUCACUAGAACAUUGGUCGGUGCUUCCAUUCCCGUCGACGCUAUAAAGCUCUCGCUCAGCACCCUUCAGGUGGUGGUAGUUCCUAUUUUGAUAGGUUCUUACCUACAGAAAGCUUGCCCUGGGGUGGUGAAAAGAAUCGUACCAUUUUCGCCGCUUUUUGCAGUAUUAACUUCCUCACUCCUUGCUUGCAGUGUCUUUUCAGAAAAUAUAGUUCGCCUCAAAUCAUCAGUACUGGUUAGUUCAUCAUUGGGUUUCGACGCAUCUCCAUGGAUUGCCAUAAAAACGAUGUUGUCUAGAGAGUUGGGAGUUGUAAUACUUGCAGUGUUUUCAUUACACCUCGCUGGUUUCAUCGCAGGCUACACGAUAGCCGCUAUUGGAGGGUUUCGAGAACGAGAACGAAGAGCUAUAUCCCUUGAGGUAGGGAUGCAAAAUUCAUCAUUGGGAGUAGUUUUGGCUACGACACAUUUCAGUUCCGCAAUGGUAGCAUUGCCAGCAGCAAUGUCAGCUGUGAUAAUGAAUAUGAUGGGAAGCAGUCUUGGAUCUUUUUGGAGAAAUAUUGAGCCUUCUGCACACUAAACACAAGAAUUCUAUUAAAUCAAGUUCAAAUAAAAUUUUUGACAUAACAAUUUUAGGAAGGGAACGGGUAAAUUUAGAUAAAUAAUGUAAGUUUUGAAAAUAAUUAUUGAAGUAUUGUAGUUAUAAAUUAUUUAUAAAAAUAUGGUAGUAUUUGGUUUCUCUCUCUCAUGUAUUGCUCUCUCUCCAAUGUCUUGGGUUAUUUAUAAUGCUUUUUUUUUUUUAAUUUAAA